GUUCUUUCCAAAAAACACAGAGAGCCUUCUGUCCUUUCCUGUCGGCCGAAGUACUUCGCAUGGCUCCACCAUGCGCCGACUUGGACGCGUUUCAGGUUCCGGACUACUUGCAGGAGCUCCUUUCAGAGCUCACUGGGCCAUGGUUGGCCGAGGAGCAUCCGCUCGGUGGGCGCCACCGUGAGGACGAAGCGACUGUGAGACUCGACUCCCAGGGCCAGGAGCCGAGGACGGAGACCAAGGAGCAAGCGUCCCCCUUUGAGCUGACGCGCCGGGCGUCCCUCUUCGAGGCCUUUGUGGCCAAAGGCUUCAACUGGUCGGGUCGCCGUCGAGGAGGUGAGCGUGUGAAGCGCGAAGUGCAGACCUACGAGCCGCAGAUCAUUUGGAAGAAUGAUGUGAAGGGGGGAAGGCCGGUGUCCAAGCGUGAUGAGAUCCGCCGGAAGAUCGCGCGCACCGAGACGCACCUGGGCCUGGCGCGGGAGUCGCGCCUGGAUUCCAAGGGCCACGAGCGGCGGUCGCCCCCGCCCGGUGGCCGGACGCCGACGCCACGCGAGGGGCUGAUCCCCAGCCCGGUGCUGAGCAAUGAGGCCGUACAAGGGACGAUGUUGGAGAUCACAGGCUUUGACCUCUUGGGUCUUUGGGAAGCUGAUGGAGAAGGACUUGGCGAGACCACGCCCCCCCGACGCAAGACCAAAAGUCGCCCUGCCUCGAGACCGAUCACGCCCACGGCGAGUCCGGGCACUCGGGUGGAGUGCCCCUUGCUGGUGCGCAGAUUGGUGGGCCACUCCCCACCUGGACGUCCUCCCACUCCACCACCACCAGGGCAACCAGUGGAUCCGCAACGGACCUGGACGAAGGAUUCCUCGAUGUCGCUACCCUUGGUGGAUGAAGACUUCUUCCGCGCCAUCAGCAGCGGGCACCGCGGGAGGUUUGGCCGCGCCUUCUCCGCGGGCUUCGUGCGGCAGCUGAGCCCGAUGUUGCGACAGAUCUCCCCGGGGCGCUUUCGGCAAGUGUCCCAGGACGUCGCUGAGAGCCUCCCUGGCCCGGCAGCGUCGGCGCGGCCGGAGAGUGAAGACACUGACGCGGAGGGCAUCUUGGUCACGCACCGGCAGUCAGAGCCGGCCGAGUCGAUGACGUCAGGUUCUUUGCGUGCCAGUGAACUUCCACUGGGCUCCAUUAGCUUCAACCCACAGGCGCCUUCUUCAGCCCGAGAGUUGUGGCAAAUGUGGAGAGGGAUGAGCUUCAAGGAAGGCAAGAGUCCCUGGGACACUCCACAUGACACUGAGGAGAAGGGCUUUGGCUUGAAGGAUGACGACUUGCAGGACCCCCCGGAGUUCCCGGCGGAGGAGUCUCAGGGCGCCGUGGAGCCUGCGGAGGCGCCCGAGGCGCUGCCCACGGCGGCGGAAGAGGCUGCGGAGGCAGCGGAGGUGGGCUCCCACGGUGACCCGCUCCACGCGUCGGCGACGGAGCUCCCGGAGUCGGCCACGGAGCUCAGCGCGGUCAUCGAGGAUGAGGAGGUGGAGACGAUGUACCUGGUGCCGCCUUGGGCUCUGCGAGCACACCUCAACCUGGACCCUCUGAGCCCGCGCGAGGCACCAGCCCUCCGUGGUCGGCGGCCCUCGUCGCAGUCUUCGCGAGCUCCCAGCCCUUCGACGGGGCUGGUCUCCCGCCUGCGCCGCCUCGUGAACAUGGAGUCGCCACGCGAGACGGAGGACGGAACUGCCGAUGGCAGGGGCCGAACAGGUCCGCCAAGGGCGCUGGGCACCAGCAUGCUGAGUAUGUCCCAUCCGUCUCGAAGCACAGCGAAGGCUCAGCUGGCAGCACAAACGCAGGCGAUCAUGAAGUGCCACAAGCCACGGAGUGCGGCACUGCAGGUGAUGCCGAAAGCAGCCAGCACCGAGCCUUGGCGUCCCGGAGCGCAGGACGCGGUGCCUGAGCCGGAAGAAUCGGAAGGAGAUUCUUUGCCUCCGGAGCUUUCAUUCGCAGAGGAGGACUUCUUUCUCACCGAGAAUUGAGGCACCAAAGUGCGCCCCAGAGCAA